GAGACUUCGCGGUCCUCUUGACACUUGAAGGUCGAAGUUACGAAAAUAUAACGUGCGAUUGAAAUUUGUCCAAUAAUGUUUCUGUAAACUUUAUGUACAUUUCACGUCCCGGUACCUACUACUUGAUUUUUCAGAAUAUCCCUUUUCAAUGGACUAUUUGAUAAAAUCUUGUGAAAGUUUAGUCAAUCCUACCUGUUCUAUUGAAUUUGAAAAACUUGUGGAAUUUGGCUUAACCGGAAUCGUCAUUCGCGAAUAUCAACUACAAGGAAUUAACUGGUUAAUAAAUUGUGAUUUACAAAAUCAUGGUGGACUAUUAUGUGAUGAAAUGGGUUUAGGUAAAACAUGUCAGGUUAUUUGUUUUAUUUUAGCUAUCAGUAAUUGGAAAUCUAAUGCUACUUUUUUAAUUGUAUCUCCACUUUCUGUUAUAGAAAAUUGGAGAUGUGAACUUCAAAAUAUUGCUCCUAAUAUUUCAUUCAUGACUUAUAUCGGUGACAAAGUAACACGUUCUAACUUACGAUCUAAUUAUAAUAAAUCAAUUAAAAUCCUGUUAACUACUUACGAGAUUUGUAUUAAUGAUGAAGCAUUUUUUAAAACAUUCUAUUGGAACUAUGUCAUUAUUGAUGAAGGGCAUCGUCUUAAAAACUCUAAUACUCAAUUGUAUUCAAUGUUAAAUGAGACAUGUCUAGGAAUUCGUUUUAUACUAACUGGUACACCAGUUCAAAAUAACUUAGAAGAGUUGUUCAAUUUACUGCAUUUUGUCGCACCUAACUAUUUCCAUGGAAAAUUACGUUCUACAUUUUUAACUCAUUUUGGCAAUGCAGAUAAAAAUGAAACAGAUCAAGAUAUGGCAAAAAUUCUACGUCCAUUCCUUUUACGGCGUAUUAAACAAAAUGUCUUAACUGAUUUACCACCACGUGCAGAUAUUUUAAUCUAUCAUUCAUUAACUAGUUUACAAACACAAAUUUAUCGGGCCCUAUUAACACGAAAUACAGAUUUAUUUCAAUCUAUUACUGGUCAACAUAAUAAUGAUCUACGUAUUCAAAAUCGUUUACAGAACUUGAUUAUGAAUUUAAGAAAAUGUGUAAAUCAUCCAUAUUUAUUUGAUGGUAUAGAACCAGAACCAUUCACACUUGGUGAACAUUUAAUUCAAACCAGUUCAAAACUUUUUCUAUUAGAUCUUCUUUUACAAUUUCUAUAUAAUCCUAAUCAUUCUAAUUUGGAUAAAUCAUUUUAUUCUUCUAAUUCAAAACCUAUACAUAAAGUUUUAAUCUUUUCUCAAAUGACUCGUAUGCUUGAUAUUAUACAAGAUUAUAUGACUUUAAGAGGUUAUAGUUAUGAACGUUUAGAUGGUUCGGUACGUGGUGAAGAUCGUUUUCAAGCUGUUAAAAGUUUUAAUGAAGAUCAAGAAACAUUUGUGUUUCUACUUAGUACUCGUGCAGGUGGUCAGGGUUUGAAUCUUGUCUCUGCUGAUACUGUUAUCUUUGUUGAUAACGAUUUUAAUCCACAAAUCGAUGUACAAGCCGCUGGGCGUGCUCAUCGUAUUGGUCAGACCAAGCCAGUUCGAAUAAUAAGACUUGUUUGCCGGCAUACUGUUGAAGAAGCAAUAUUAUCUCGUGCAGAGACCAAAUUAAAAUUAGCAACUCGUGUAUUAAAUACGACAGAUUUAAAACAUCUAGAAAAUAAAACUGAUAAACCGUUCACAUUCGAUGAGUUGAAUAAUGUUCUUAAAUUUGGAUUGGCUAAACUACUCAAGACAACUGAUAACGAUGUUGGCAACAAUGAUGAGGAUGACAAGAAAGUUAAUCUGAAUUUUACUCAAAUACUUGGUGAAACAGAUCAUGAAACAGGACACUGGUUACCAGUUCCUCCAUCAACCAUAAAUAAUGGCACCUUAGAAGAACAGAUAAAUUUUUGUGGUUGGGUGCUACUCACAAAUGAACCGUUUCACUGUGAACCUAGUGAAGCUGAUCAAGAAGCAGUUAAAAAGUUGCAACAAGACUAUGAAUUAACCAAAUCUAAAUUAAGCGUUGAAGAUGAUGAAUUGCUUGCAUCAGAAAAUAUCACAGGAUUUAGUGUAUCGAAUUCUACCUUCACCAAAUUGAAUAAGCAUCGCAAAAAGUUAACACCAGAAGAAAUUGAAGCUCGUAAUAAAAAGGCUGCUGAGACUAAAGCUAAACGUGAAUAUAAACGAAAAGAAAAUGAAGCGAUUCGGAGCGCUGAACGUUUAGAAAGAAAACUUUCCUUAUGGCAAUCUGUUGGCUAUAAAACAUUCAGUGUGUUCCGAGAUGAAUCAACUAUAGCUGAAGUAAAUCAUUAUCCACAUCCUAAUCAUAGGGAUCAAUUAGAGAAUGUACUUGAUAAUGAUAAUGACUUCAGAGAUGAAAUAAGUAAUAACAUGGCAAGUGAAGAGUUUCCAUAUGGAACUGAUGCUGGAAUCUACUAUAAAAUUGGUGAUGCUUCUGAGCCACUUAGUAUUUUCUCAUUAAUGAAAGCUGAAAAUAAAAUUGAUGGUACACCACCAUAUUUUGUAUGUACUACUAUUGAUAACAGUGGUCAUUGGAGUCAUGGUGGAAUAUUUCGAGCUCUUGAUAAACGUAGUAAUAAUCAAAUCAAAGAUGCAUAUGAAUUAGCUGGUCAAAUGGAUGAUUUAAAUUUAGGUGAUUGUUUAAUUGUUCCGAUUGAGAAUCCUGACAAUUCAUCAUCAACAAAAAAAGAAAUUAAAACUUUUAAUGACUAUUUAACCAACCAUCAUAACAAUAAUGAUAAUAGUGAUGAUGGUAGCACUAAACCGAUUGUCCAUAAUCAUUGGUCAAAUAAUUUUUCUGGCCUGUUAAUUGCUCAAAAACAUUCCAGUAAAACGUAUUCAACUGGUGAAGCUCCAGAUUUACAACUAAAUGCAUUAGAAAAAAGUUUAUGUGCUCUUGGAAUGGCUUGUGCUCGUUUAAAAUUGUGCUCUGUUCAUAUUCCUCGAUUAGGACAUGGAACUCAAGCAUUUACAUGGUAUAAAAUUGAAAGAUUAUUAAGAAAACAUCUUGUUGAUCAUCAUCAUAUUUCAGUAUAUGUAUAUUAUUAUCGUCCAGUUAAUACAGAUAAUCAUCAUUCAUCUGAUUCCUGUACAACAUCUACUGCUUCAUGUUCGUCUUCAUCAACUAAAGAACCUUUUAAGUCUCUGAAACGAAAAAUCUCCUCUUCAGAAAACAAAAUUAAUUUUAAUCAAAAUCUGGAAACUAUGCAACCAGCCAAAUAUUUGUAUAAUUUAUUUACAGGCAAAUCAUUCUAUAUUGACAGUUCUUUAGUUGAUGACAAUGAUGGUGAUGUGAAGAAGUUAAAACGAAUAAUCAUUGCAUAUCCUUUUUAUUUGUUCAUUAUUUAAAUGUAAAUUAGAUUGUAAACGAAAUGAUAAGUAUGAACUAACUUUAAGAGAAGACUAAAAUUAUGCUAUUUUUCUUGUGAUAUAAUGUUUCGGUCACGAACUGUCAUUUGCUGGAUCAUGAAUGAGAACCUGGAAACUAUAGAUAGUUGUUCCCUUGAUAGACAGCCUUCACGACCCUACAUCCGAAAAUCAAACCUAGUGAAAUUCAACUAUCUCGAGUGUGAGACAAUUAUCCACUAUAGGUAAUGGAUGAGGGUGAUACAACAUCGUAAAUUGAUUGAAAUUAGACAUUUACCCAAUUGGAUGUCAGCUCAAUAGAUCCAAUAUCCUAGGGGAGUUGUCCCAACUGUUGUUGCUACCUUGACGUGGUGGUCGGGCUUAUCUAUCGUGAUGAACCAAUAGAGCUAUACUGGCUGGAAUAAUCGUUCGUCAAGGUCCUAUCAUGCCAGACAGGUCGGUUGAAGAACGGUAAGACUAAAAGCAGCAAACCCAAAAUUCGAAGGCGAAGUCGUACUGUUGAAUGUACAGAGGUGCGUUUUUCGGACAAUUAGCAUAACAGUGAUACUGCCUUCCCACAACGAGGAGUGGGGUUAGAAAAGGUCGACCCUAAAAAUGCACACUUCGCCCUAUCCCACGGAUAUCCGUCCCCGGCGGUUAAGGUCUCAACAAGUACGGAGCUAACACGAAACCUCAAGCAGUUAUCCCUUGGGCCCUGUAGUCACGCUCUCAGGUCACUAAGACCAUCCCUAACCCAGUUUCUUUUUCAGGUACCUCCAGAAGAACCUUUCCAUGUUAUGGGCAACCGGGAAGUGAUAACCGCCCUCAUAUCUCUAACAGCACUCACGACCACUGUAUUCAUAAUCAACCUCUCUGAGGGGGUUGUAGAUGUGCACUGCUUAGGUGCUUCAUACUGAGGCGAAACAGCUCUUCUGUGUUUUCUGAUUCUCAAUGAUGGUCUAGAUUAAAUCACUUCACGAUUUAAACGAUUAAAAUCCUCAAACUUGUACAAAUUCCUUCAUACUAAUGUUUUUUUUAAAUAGAUAUAUAAUUAUGGUGGAAAACAGUUACUUAUUCACUUAACUAAGCUGUUAACCCACACUCUAUUCAUAAAUUCUAGUAAUACUGUCUGUCUAUGUGAAUCUCCUUAGUUGAUAUCGGAUUCAGUUAAAACUACUGAAUUAUAGUUCCUCUCUAGUCUAAGGUAAAAUGCUUAUCCAAUCCCACUGUCAUCUUUCUGUGGAAAUUCUAGAUUAUAUUUCUUGAUUGUAGUUAGCAGUGAAGUUUAGGACGCCUUUUAAGCGAUAGGUGCUGAUUGCCAGUUUUAGUAUAAUCGCCGGGUACAUUCAACUCAUGAGUCUCAGUUAAGAUGAAAUGCACCUCGUAAAUUAAUUGUAUUCACAUUUCAAAAACACAAUCAAACUUGUAACUGUAAUUUGUAUCGAAAUAAUGACUGAGUCGUUGCUUAUCCCAACAGAGAGUAUUUGAAAUUCAUUACUGAACACCACUGAUGUUAGAAAAUAAACCUUAGUUUGUGUUUAAACCGGAAAAUUUUAACAUUUCAUAAUCACUCAGCUGAUGAGUCCCAAAUAGGACAUAACGCGCGUCCUGAAAUACACUACUAGUCACUAUCCAUCUUUGACUGACCAAAUAUUCGCCUUUUUUUAAACGAACAAGUGAUACAAUCUCAUUCUACUUUUUACCGAUGAAUAUAGCUUUCAUCUUCCCUUAACUAAAUAUUGUUAUUGAUUAAUCUAGUUCACUUAUGAUGGUGUUGUAGUAUCCAACCUAGACUCAUCUGUUACACAUAUUAUUUACACAGGUAAAUUAAACCAGAGGAUGAAACCGAUCGAUAAAGAGAAUUGUUUUCAAUUAUCUGCAUCAUGGAUUUGGCAAAGUAUAAAAAAGCGUAUCUGUCUACCAGAAUCUGACUAUAAUAUAAUGUGAUAUUUUAUGCCUACUUUCUUUUAUUUUUAAGAUUGUAAACAUUAUUUUUCUAGAAGUAUAUCACUUUUCUUUUAAGAUUUCCAUUAAUAUUGUAUAUUGACUAUUUGUAUACAACAAUAAAGUGAUAUAUUGGACG